AUGAAACAUCUAGAACAUAAUGUAUCUUUGAGAGAUUGGAUGUACAGUCGCCCACGUACGUCUUCUACUUCCCACUGACUUGUGAAAACUCGCGUGUUGUCAACUACAAGUCCCGACUCUUUUAUCAAGCACUUUUAUUGGGACAUGGAUGUAAUACAACCCGUGAACAUUUUGUUAAAUAUUGUCUGAAACAAGUGGAUGCUGCUACUCGGCUAGCGAGCUUUAGCAGCUCGAACAGCCUCUGCGGAGGUCAAGUGGGCUCAGCAGGACUCAGAGGAUGUUUCGCUGCGUGUGAUCAGUGAGGAUGAGGAGCCGCAGUAACUCUGGAGUGAGGCUGGACGGUUAUGCCAGGCUGGUCCAAGAGACGAUCCUGUGCCAUCAGAACCCAGUGACAGGACUUCUCCCUGCUAGUAUCCAGAAGAAGGAUGCCUGGGUGAGGGACAAUGUGUACAGUGUCCUGGCCGUAUGGGGGCUGGGCAUGGCCUACCGCAAGAACGCAGAUCGUGAUGAAGACAAGGCCAAGGCCUACGAACUGGAACAGAGUGUGGUGAAACUGAUGCAGGGACUUCUGCAGUGCAUGAUGAGACAGGUGGAUAAGGUGGAAAAGUUCAAGCACACCCAGAGUACUAAGGAUUGCUUGCAUGCCAAAUACAAUACUCCCACCUGUGCCACCGUGGUCAGGGAUGACCAGUGGGGCCAUCUCCAGGUGGACGCCACCUCCAUCUACCUGCUGAUGCUGGCACAGAUGACAGCCUCAGGUCUCCGUAUCAUUUCCAACCUCGAUGAGGUAGCCUUUAUCCAAAACUUGGUCUUCUACAUAGAGGCAGCAUACAAAGUGGCGGAUUAUGGGAUGUGGGAGCGAGGGGACAAGACCAACCAGGGCAUCCCUGAGCUCAACGGCAGCUCUGUAGGAAUGGCCAAAGCAGCUCUGGAAGCCAUAGAUGAGUUGGAUCUGUUUGGUGCCCAUGGAGGACCAAAGUCAGUAAUCCAUGUUUUGCCUGAUGAGGUGGAGCACUGUCAGGCAAUCCUGUGCUCCAUGCUGCCAAGGGCCUCAACAUCGAAGGAGAUAGAUGCUGGUCUUCUGUCUGUCAUUUCCUUCCCUGCUUUUGCUGUAGAGGAUGCUGACUUGGUGGCCAUCACUAAGUCAGAAAUCAUAAGCAAACUGCAGGGUCGCUACGGCUGCUGUCGCUUCAUCAGGGAUGGAUAUCAUUGUCCUAAAGAGGAUCCAACUCGUCUGCACUACGAUCCAGCUGAGCUCAAGCUGUUUGAGAACAUUGAAUGUGAGUGGCCUGUGUUCUGGACUUACCUCAUCCUGGAUGGUAUCUUUGCUGGCGAUCAAGUGCAGGUGAUGGAGUACCGCGAGGCGCUGGAAGGCAUUUUGAUCAGAGGAAAGCACGGCAUCAAAAUGGUGCCUGAACUUUAUGCUGUACCACUUGACAAGGUGGACGAGGAGUAUAGCAAUCCUCACUCAGUGGACAGGUUGGCCAUGGGGCAGCUUCCACACAUGUGGGGACAGUCUCUCUACAUCUUGGGCUGUCUUCUGGCUGAGGGAUUUUUAGCACCAGGAGAGAUAGAUCCUCUCAAUAGGAGGUUCUCCACAAACUUCAAGCCGGAUGUUGUGGUACAAGUUUGUGUUGUAGCAGAGUCAGAGGAGAUCCAGGAGCUGUUAAGAGAUCUUGGGAUUAUGGUACAAACGAUGUCAGAAGUUCUGCCAAUCAGGGUCAUGCCCGCUCGCAUCCUGAGCCACGUCUAUGUCCGACUAGGAAACUGCAAGAAGUUGAAGUUGAGUGGGAGACCUUAUAGACACAUUGGAGUCCUGGGAACAUCCAAAUUCUAUGAGAUCAGAAAUCACUCCUACAUAUUCACCCCUCAGUUUCUGGAUCAGCACCACUUCUAUCUGGCGCUGGACAACCAGAUGAUUGUGGAGAUGUUACGAACAGAGCUGGCUUAUCUCUCUUCUUGCUGGAGGAUGACAGGACGACCCACACUGACCUUUCCUAUCACACAUAGCAUGUUAGUUGAAGAAGGAGAUGCAAUUGAUCCGUGCAUCCUAGCAACACUUAGGAAACUACAGGAUGGCUAUUUUGCUGGAGCGAGGGUGCAGAUGUCAGAUCUCUACAGUGUCCAGACCACUUCAUUUCACACGCGCCUCACCUUUCUGGAUGAAGAAAAUGAUGACAGCUUAUUGGGGGAUGAGGAUGACCAAGAAGAGGAAGAUGAUGACGAGUAUGGAGAGGAAUAUAACACAUAUAGAAUCUCAGAGUGUAACAGUAAGUCAGCAAAAGGCUCAAAGGAUGUGUUCGACCAGUACCUCAUGCAGCUCCUCCAAAGCACCACCACCAAGUGUCAUCUUCCUCCCAUCCAGCGGGGGCAUCAUCACAUCUUUAGUGCUGAACACACCACUAGAGACAUUCUGUCUUUUAUGGCUCAGGUUCAGGGACUGAACUUACCCAAGUCUUCCAUGUAUCUUCCUGUGACACCGGUCAUGCACAAGCACCGCAGAUCUCUCAACCUUCUCGACGUUCCACAUCCUCUGCCAGGCCCGCAUGCAAAGCAGCACAAAGCUGGUGAAGCAGAUUGUUCCACCAGCAGCGUUGUGUCCUCUGACUUCCGUCUAACACCAGCAUCCUUUCUCAAGCCCCACAAUGCUGCUGACCUGCACCUGCCUCGAGAUUCUCAAGGCAACACAGACUUUGCAGCAUUGGUGAGGCAGCUGAAAGAGUGUCCCACUCUGCAGGACCAGGCUGACAUCCUCUACAUUCUCUACGUUAUGAAAGGAGCGGAUUGGGUGGUGGAGUUGUCGGGCCCUGGGCAGGGUGGGAUCAGUGUGCGUUUGCUGUUGGAGGAGUUGUACGUACAAGCCGGAGCUUGCAAAGAGUGGGGGCUCAUUAGAUAUAUCUCUGGAAUACUGCGCAAGAGAGUGGAGGUCCUUGCUGAGGCCUGUACAGAUCUGAUUUCCCAUCACAAACAGUUGACUGUCGGCCUUCCUCCUGAACCCAGGGAAAGAGUGAUCACAGUUCCACUUCCUCCUGAGGAGCUAAACACUCUCAUAUAUGAAGCCAGCGGUCAGGACAUCAGUAUAGCUGUUCUCACCCAGGAAAUCAUGGUCUAUCUAGCCAUGUACAUCCGCUCCCAGCCUGCUCUGUUUGGAGACAUGCUCCGACUCAGGAUAGGACUCAUCAUGCAAGUCAUGGCUACUGAGCUGGCUCGCAGCCUGCACUGUUCUGGAGAGGAGGCAUCUGAGAGUUUAAUGAGCCUAAGUCCAUUUGGCAUGAAGAACCUUCUUCAUCACAUCCUCAGUGGGAAAGAGUUUGGGGUUGAGCGAAGCAUGCGGCCAAUCCAGUCCACAGCCACAAGUCCUGCAAUCUCUAUCCAUGAACUGGGCCAUACAGGAGCCACCAAGACUGAACGUACAGGAAUACACAAGUUAAAGAGUGAGAUAAAACAGCUGGAUGACUCUCGGCCUGUCAGUAUCUUCAGUGGCAGUCUUUCCUUGAGUAGCAAUGUCACUUCUCCGCGCUCCACGCGUUGCAGUAGCCCCUCCACACCCAGUGGCAUCCUGUCCCCAGUGGGUCAUGGUCCUGGAGACGGACAGCUGCACUGGGAAGAGAGGCAAGGCCAGUGGCUGAGACGACGCAGGUUGGAUGGAGCUAUCAACAGAGUCCCUAUGGGUUUCUAUCAGAAAGUGUGGACGAUCCUGCAGAAGUGCCAUGGCCUGUCCAUUGAUGGAUAUGUGUUGCCCUCUUCCACCACAAGAGAGAUGACAGCUGGAGAGAUCAAGUUUGCAGUGCAGGUGGAGUCUGUCCUGAACCACGUCCCUCAGCCAGAGUAUCGACAGCUGCUUGUGGAGACUGUGAUGGUUUUGGGCCUGGUGGCUGAUGUAGAUGUGGACAACAUUGGUGGCAUUAUCCAUGUGGAUCGCAUUUUGCAUUUGGCCAAUGACCUUUUCAUCAAUGACCAGAUUUCCCACAGUGCCAGUGAUUAUUUCCUUGAGAAAGACCCAGCGACUGGAAUUUGCAACUUCUUCUAUGACAGUGCCCCGAGUGGCAGCUUUGGCACUAUGACCUAUCUGUCCAAGGCAGUAAUUACUUAUGUCCAAGACUUCCUGCCAAGUUCCAGCUGCUUGAUGCAAUAAAGAAACAGAAUACGUGUCAUACUGUCACUGAUGGACUCUAAACGUCUUAACAAGCAUUUAUUGUAACUGAAAGAUCAACUGUCCAAAUUCAAGCAAAGCUUCAAGUUAUCAGCUUAUGUGGUGCUUUUGAGUACAAACUCAUCAAAAUGUAGCAUUCAUGUACUGAUGUGACAUAACAGCUGUUGCAGCUGAUGCAAAACACUUAAUAUAAUGCCUUUUGUCCUCAUGAGUCCGCUUUGUUCAUCAUGCAGCUCAAAUGCAUGUAGAAGACUUGCAUUUUGUAGUAUUUCAGUAUGCAAUUUGCAAGAAUACUGUAAAAAGCACACCUUUGUGCUCUUGAAUAAUAUUAUCUUAACAGGAGUUUUACUUAUAAUUUAUCUUGGAUUUUAUAAUUUAUUUUAGAAUUUAAUUCUACUAAAUGCUUUAUCAGUUUGUCUAUAAAUAUAUAUUUUGAUAAUAUAUCUUGGAUAAUGUUUUAUCUGUACUGAAUAUUAUAAUUUAUUGUUCCAGUAUAAAGACUGACCUUAAAGGUGAGGAAAAAAAGAUAUAUGAGAGGAGAUUUUGGUCCCUCAUAUGACCUUUGCUUCACAAGUGACGGCAUGCAGGCUCUGUAUGAUUUAGUGUCCAUCGUCCUGAAACCUAUCUGUUGAAAUCUUGUAACAAUGUUAACCUAAAAUAAUAUUUUCCUUGAAUGCCAGAAAUAUUUUUGUUGUCUGUGUGUAUUGUGUGUACUUGACAGCUAAUGCAAACGUUUGUUAUUUGUAUGUAUUUGAAAGUCACCUCAUGGUUGACGUGUCCUGUAAACAUUACCUCAGCAUGCAACCGGCAAUUUGUCUGUAUGCAGUGAAAAUAAGUGCAUUCCUGGUACAUUAUAGCAGAAUUAUGUUUGAUGUGGUUACAUACAAUGCCUACAAAAGUUAGUAUGUUAACAGUUGAGUGAUUUUAGACAUUUGCUAUUAACCUGAGCUGUUUACUGUUAAAAUAAAAGAAUAAUCAUUAACUUUAAUGCAGUGGUCUUCACAUUUACUGUAAAACAAAUAACAGUGCUGCAUUCACUUUCAGAUGUUAAACAUUUAUCAAGUUGAACUUAUUGGCCACAUUUUUCCUUUUGCAUGAGUAGGCAUAUAUGCAUUUUUUUUAAUUUUCUAAGAAUGUACUGCAUCUUUCUUUUUUUUAUUUUAUUUGUCUUAGCAGACAUUUUGCUUUUUACCUUCCUGUUGUCACAUCCUAGAUUAUUCUUGUCCUAGUACCUUAUGACUGAGACACAAGGUGGCCACUAGGAGGAGACAGAGAGCUAGAAAGAGAACAGUCAAGGCAGAAUGGCAAAAUGAGACAUUUGUGCUUCAGAGGUGUGACUUUAAACCAGUGUCAGUUAAAUAUAUGUGCAAGAAAUUCA